CGGAUGACAUCAAACUGCGCGUCCUUUAUUAAGCCUUAACUUUGGAGUUGCCCUUGCGGCGUGUAUUAUGGCGGGGCGUUCGUUCAACUGGUGUUUAUGAGGGUUUCAAACAACCAUUGAAAGCUCGAACGCGCCAGUUGUCUCGUCAAGAAAUAUUUCAGCUUCCUUUAGACUGCAAGUUAUCUGCAGCCAUGAAGAUAUUAUGUCUAGCGCUGACCAUGAGUGUGAUGGCUGGGGCAGCCACGGUGCCCAAGCAAGUGCGCAGCCGUCCAGACCGCUCCUUCAAAGACGACUACUCUUUGAGAAACGAGGUGACCUUCAACUCUAAUGGCGACUGUACCAUAUUAGGACAGGACCUCUGGGAGCUUGACUGUCGCUGGAUCCUACACAGUGACUACGACCGCCUCUUCGACGACUACGUUCUCAAUGCACGACCUCGCCAACAAGUGGUGUUAUACCCAAACGGAGACUGCGUGAUAGAAGGUGACAUGGUGUUUGUGAUGGACUCUUGUCGCAGGCGUUUAGGGGCUCGAGAGUACGACCGCCUCUGGAAGGACAAGUUUGGAUUGCCCAACAUCAAGGUUGAUGAUGAGGGGUACUGCUAUAUGGGGGACAUCGAGUUAGCGCCAGAUGAUUGUCCAGUUUUUAUUGGAUAUGUACCGUACAUUGUACUCCUGAGUCGGAAGACCUACUCACAAUAGAUGAAUAUCUGUUGAUUUAAUGUUGUGUUUUAAAGGUAGACAUCGACCGUGCUUUCCAGGAGCUGUUUGAUCCCACGUGUCACGCCCGGUCUUCCUGCCUUUGGGUGGCUUCGAUGGCUUCCUCUACACUAUGAGAUCCCUCGCGUCUUUGUUCAUUUGUUAACAAGUACAUGUACAGAGAGAUCUAGGGAUAUGUUCCAGUUAAUAAAUGUUUCACACUAAGCAUUAUGUAGUU